AUGGAUUCUAUUCUUCAGAGCGACGAGAAAAAGAAGUAUAUCGAUGUUAAUCGAAUUAUUGAAAAAAUUGAGGAUAAAUGCGUCGAGCGCGAUCGAAUCACACGCCAACAGACGGAAACGAUUCGACAGACGCUGAACACGUGGCAAUCAGCAAUCAGCGAUGACGAGAAGGAGUUCGCCGAGAGCAUCGCGUUGCUCGAAAAACGCAAAGAGCAAAUUCGGCAAGAUUCGAUACAGAUGCUGGAUCUUGCCGAACAACUUCGACAAAUGAUCGAGGCGAAGAAACGGGAGCAAAACUUGAAUUCAUAG